AUGAAGGGAGCUGAUGAAGCGCGCGCUUAUGAUGACUGCACUGAAGUGAGCAUAUUUACAGCACGUCAACUAGAUCCUAAAAGCUCUGAGAACAACUGAAUAAAAUUCAACUUCUUAAAAAAAAUAAAAAUAUUUAAAAAAAAAAAACCCCAUCGAGGAUCAAAAUGACAGCGACAGCCAGGGAUCAAAUGAACGCGUCGCUAAAUGAUUUGUCGCGCUGUCUGCCACAGGGCUACUCUCUGGAGGAGACCCCCUCAUCGGGCUCCUCUCAUGGGGGUGUGGGGGUCUGUUCUGACCGGUUCAGUGAGGCGUCGGGAGGUGGCUUGAGCACUGACAGCUUCGGCGUGGGAAAACGGGGCCUUGAACUGACAGACCCGAGCAAGUUCUCGCCACACAGUGCGCCUGUCGCCUACACAGGAACAUUUUCCAUCGACGCGCAAGGAAGUUGGAAUCAGGAGGGAAUAAUCAACUUUGUCAGUGCAGGAGUGCAAGAUAGGCCACCUUCCCCAGGAUCAUUCUCCACGGGCUCUCCCUCAGACCUCACUCCAGGCUGCUCCAAAAUAGGCCAGACUCUUGCCAACAUGGAUCAUAUGUACACAGGCCCACCCCCAUACACCUGUAGCGCCGAUGGUUACCAGGACCCCUCGGCUUACCUAUCGACCACCACGUGCCCCAUAACAUACGCCACUCCGUCCUACUCAAGCCCAAAGUCAGCUAUAGACGGGACGCUUUUCUCCAUCAUCCCCGACUACGGGGGGUUCUAUCAGACCAGCAACAGCCAAAGGGACAACAUGGCUGUGUUUCAGGACAUCAAGCCAUUCUCAUGCUCUCUGGAGUCUAUCAGAGUCCCGCCACCUCUGACUCCCUUGAACACCAUAAGACAUUUUACUCUGGCUUGUCCGGUAGAUGGGCCGAGGCCGCCUGUAGACUGCGCCAAGCCGCAGAAUGUCCCAUUCAGGCCAAUCCUGCGGCCACGGAAGUACCCGAACCGACCGUGCAAGACGCCGGUCCACGAGCGGCCGUACCCCUGUCCGGCUGAGGGAUGCGACCGGAGGUUUUCGCGCUCGGAUGAGCUGACGCGCCACGUGCGCAUCCACACCGGCCACAAGCCGUUUCAGUGCCGCAUCUGUAUGCGCAGCUUCAGCCGGAGCGACCACCUCACGACGCACACACGCACACACACGGGCGAGAAGCCCUUCUCCUGUGACUUCUGCGGCAGAAAGUUCGCCAGGAGCGACGAGCGAAGGAGGCACACAAAAGUCCACCAGAGACAGAAAGAUAAAAAGGCGUCUGCGCCUCCUCACAGCUCGAGCGCCGGCGGUUCAGCGAUGUGAACCAACAGUUGAACAAGUUCAGUCGGUGCCUCACUUAACUCUGGAAGUUUGUGUGCGCACAAAUGUACGAUGGCAGCUUAUGAUUUAAGUGUUGAAUGUGUUUUGCUGUAGUAACUAGACAACGUCCUUAUUAUCACAGAAUGUUUCACGUGCAUUGUGCAAACUGCAGUUGUUCUAGUGUUUACAGCGAGUCUUUUUAUUGCCAUUAUUAGUCAUGUGUUUGAAUAAAAUGAUAAU